AUGAGUGCUGCCACCAACGCUGCCGGCCUGGCAAAGGCGGCGAGUCUGAGGAGCCGGGCCUUCGUCACGUUCCUUGCCGGCAAUGGAGACUACGUGAAGGGCGUAAUAGGCUUGGCCAAGGGCCUCAGGAAGGGCUGCAUAGUCCGGGAGAUCGAGCCAGUGUACCCCCCGGAGAACCAGACCCAGUUCGCCAUGGCUUACUAUGUCAUCAACUACUCCAAGCUCCGCAUCUGGGAGGACUUCUUGAACAUGUUCUUCAGAGAUAUUUACAAGCCUAUCCCUUCGGCGUACAACCUUGUCUUGGCCAUGCUGUGGCGCCAUCCCGAGAACAUCGAGCUGGAGAAAGUGAAGUUGUUCAUUACUGUGCUGCGGAGGAGAACCAAAAGCGAAACUAAGAGGCUAAAUGCGAUGCUGUCGAAGCACGGUGCUGGGAAGUACGUUACGGCGCCAUCGCGGCCUAGGCUGGCAAUAUGCAACUUAGUUGCUUAA